AUGGCUAAUGCUGCUUUAAUCUCUCUUAACAACACACUAAAACGCCUCGUCAAUUCUCACAAACUACCGAUCGUCCCCCACUGUAAAGAAAUCGUCGAAUUUGCGUACGAGGAGGUCCAAUCCUUACAGAAUUUCCUCGAAAGAUCCGACAGAAAGUGCAGCAGAUUGAUUCUGUUGGAUGAACGACAAAUCAGAGAUGCACUAUGCGAAUUCGAAGAUGUAAUCGAUUCCCAUCUCUCACGUCACUUUCUCUCUCAUUCGUCCGACGGACAAUUACACCCAGUGUUGUUCUCUCUAGACCUCGGCGAAGUUCGCCGAGCUCUCGGUAACUUCAACGAGGCGGUGAAGAAGAUGAAGGACGAGUACGUUAACAAAUUAUGCGACCCUCUGUUGUCUGAAAAGGACGAAAAGGGUGUUUCGUCGACAGGUGGAAACGAGUGCCAGCUGGUCGGAUUAUCCGAUCAAUUUAUCGAGAUCAGAGAUAUUGUCGCUGAUUCGAGUAAUGAGCUCAAAACAGUGGCGAUUCUUGGAAUGGCCGGCAUUGGGAAGACUGUUCUUGCUAGAGAAGUUUACGAAUGUCCGUUGUUUUCAAAUUGUUUCGACUUUCGUUUGUGGGUUGAAAUAGGUCCGAAAUAUGAAAUAUACGAUAUCCUAUUAGGUAUUGUUGAUCAGAUGAAUCUAAUUAGCGGUGUCGAUAGGGUGGUUAAGGGAGGAGAUGGGAAUUCGUGGAAGUACGUGUACGAACGUUUGAGAGGUCGAAAAUACCUCAUUGUGUUGGAUGAUGUAUGGGAUAUAAAUGUUUGGGAUUGCUUGAAGAAGUUGUUUCCGGAAGAUGGUAACGGAAGCCGAAUAUUGGUGACGACCAGGAUCGAAGAUGUGGCUCGUUACGCUAGCAUUUACGGAGUUCAUCGGGUGCGCUUGCUUGAUGAAGAAGAAAGUUGGGAUCUUCUUCGUCGCAAGGUGUUCGACGAGAUGCCUUGCCCUCCUGAGCUCGAGAAAGUUGGAAAGAAGAUUGCCGAGAAUUGUGAAGGGCUUCCUCUUACAAUCGUCACAGUUGGGAGUCUCCUGUCGAAAGCCGAGAAGACAACAAAGUACUGGAACGAGGUGGCGGAGAAGGAGAAUUCGGUUUUCGUGGAUGCAAAUGAUGAUGUGUCGAAGGUACUAUUACGAAGCUAUAACUAUUUACCUCAACGUUUAAAAGCGUGUUUUCUUUAUAUGGGAGUUUUCCCUCGAAAUCACGAGAUUCCCUACUCAAAGCUUACCAAGUUGUGGUGUGCCGAGGGACUUAUCGAACCGGAGGGUUGGUACGCUACUUCAAAAUAUAUUACUACGCAAUAUUUGAGCAACCUUGUUUCCAAAAGUCUUGUUAUGGUCCGACAUAAGGGCUCGAGUUCAAGAACUAAAACAUGCAGCCUCCAUUCUUCGUUCUGGUUUAUGUGUGUGAACGAAGCUCGAAAGACCAAGUUUUUCCACAGCUUAAACAGUCGUGCCGAUGGUUUAGCAGAAGGUGUAGAAAGUCAACGCAGAUUCUGCGUUCGCAAGGGCGUUUUGUUCAAUGUCAAAGAUGUGAACAACUCGGUGGGGUCCGUUUCAAAUAUGCGUUCUCUCCUAUUUACGGGCCCGCCUCAUCAAUAUCCGGUGCCGAUACGUUUCAGUUCGAGGUUGCUCAGGGUACUCGAUACUGCCGCAGUUCGCUUCUAUGAAUUCCCAAUGGAAGUAGUGAAACUAGUUCAGCUAAGGUACCUUGCCCUCACGUGUGAUGGAAAUAUCCCUUCUUCGAUAUCCAAACUUUGGAACCUCGAGUACUUGAUUGUCCUUCGACAUUUUAGCAUCAUAGAAUCUUCCGGGAAAAAAUCGCCGUAUCUGCCUAUGGAGAUAUGGGAUAUGAAAGAACUGACGCAUCUUCAAGUCAUGGGAAGUGAUCUACCGGAUGAUGGCGAAGCCGAAAGAUAUAUCUACUCAAACAUUACAACGCUUUUAGAUGUGAGCGCUCGUAGUUGUACCAAGGGUAUUCUUGGAGGAAGAAUACAUCAACUCAAGAAAUUAGGUCUUCGAAUCGUAUUGGCGCCUAAUGAUGAUGAAUCUUUGAGUUGCUUCGAUCAUAUUUCGUGUCUACACGGACUAGAGUCGUUCAAAGUUUUCGUAGUGAAUCCUCUACUCGAUUCUAAAUUCGUGGCCACACCACUUUCUCUUCUUUUGGUUAUCCCAUCAUAUCUGAGAAAGUUGAGUUUGAGUGGGUCCGGAUAUCGGUGGGAAGACAUUAGGGCAAUUGCGUCGUUGCCAGGUCUUCAAGUGCUCAAAUUACGAUGCUACGCAUUUCGCGGGCCCGAGUGGAGAACUUACGGGGAGGAUUUUCCGGGACUUCAUUUCUUGUUAAUCGAAGAUAGUGAUCUCGAGAAUUGGAGAGUCGGGUAUCGAAGCUUUCCGGUGCUUCGGCAAUUAAGCGUAAAGCAUUGCUACAAAUUGGAGGAGAUCAUUUGGGAUUCGUAUGAAGUUGAAGUGAUUGAGGUAGUUGAUUGCAACUCAUAUGCUUUGAGUUGGGCAGAGCAAAUGAAGGAGAAAUUGGUAAGAGAUGAAGAUCAUUUCUACAUCCACUCUUUGUUUGAAUAGAUUGGUGUGAUCAAUUCACUUGGUUUUUAGGGGUAUUUUUUUCAUCAAGAAUAAUCAUGUUUGACUUGUAUUCGUAAUUCCGCCAAUUUCGAUUCAAAAAUUUCCGAAUUUGAAACUAUAUUUUUUCAUUACAACACCUUAUGGGCGCCAUUUUGCAAUUUCU